CCCCUUUCCUCCCCCCCGCCUCUUUUAUGUCUGUCUUUAAACGCUGUCGCAGCGAGGGUUGGGCACAUGUUUCUGCUGCCGCCUGCCCGCCGCUGAGCCCUGCAUCCGUACGGCCCCGCUUCCCGCUCCGCGCCCCGGAGGGCACCCAGCCCCCCCUCUUCCUUAUUUCCUUCCCGCAGCUGGCGCCCGGCGACCCCCGCGGGCGGAGAUACUUUCAGUAGAACAAACUGUCAGGAAGAGAAGUCCUUACUCUUGAUUCCCUGGUAUCAAGGACUCAUCAGGCAGCAUCUUCAGUCUAUUGCUUCAAUAUUCUUGGCCAAGCAGAGGGAGAGAUUUCUUCAGUGCUUGUCCAUCUAUCUCAGCUGAACUCGACUUCCUUGCUGUUUUUCUCAUAUUACAAAUGCCUAAGAAUAGCAAGGUAGUGAAAAGAGAACUAGAUGAUGAGGUCAUUGAGUCAGUUAAGGACCUUCUCUCUAAUGAAGACUCUUCAGAUGAUGCCUUUAAGAAAAGUGAACUUAUGGUUGAUGAUCAGGAGGAAAAAGAUGUUGACGUUGAGGAAGGCUCAGAUGUAGAAGAUGAAAGACCUGCUUGGAACAGCAAACUCCAAUAUAUUCUGGCACAAGUUGGAUUUUCUGUGGGAUUGGGGAAUGUGUGGCGAUUCCCAUAUCUGUGUCAGAAAAACGGUGGAGUGAAUUGCAGCCUUCAGAGCAGCAGAGAAAAGCAAGUGAUCAUUAGAGCUAAAGCCUUCUUGGUUUUCAAGUUAACCAUAAUGCAAGAUGGUGAAGGUGCCUAUCUUGUGCCGUACUUAAUCUUGCUACUAAUAAUAGGGAUUCCACUCUUUUUCUUGGAGCUUGCUGUGGGGCAGAGGAUCCGCCGAGGGAGUAUUGGUGUAUGGAAUUAUAUCAGCCCCAAACUUGGAGGAAUUGGAUUUGCAAGCUGUGUAGUGUGUUUCUUUGUGGCCCUGUACUACAAUGUCAUUAUUGGAUGGAGUCUGUUUUACUUUUCCCAGUCUUUUCAGCAUCCAUUACCAUGGGACCAGUGUCCUUUAGUUAAAAAUACAUCUCAUACCUUUGUGGAGCCAGAGUGUGAAAAAAGUUCUGCAACCACUUACUACUGGUACAGAGAAGCGCUGAAUAUUUCCAGCUCUCUGUCAGAAAGCGGAGGUUUAAACUGGAAGAUGACUAUCUGCUUGCUGGCUGCCUGGGUCAUGGUAUGCCUAGCCAUGAUCAAAGGCAUUCAGUCCUCAGGCAAAAUCAUGUAUUUUAGUUCCCUUUUUCCUUAUGUGGUACUUUUAUGCUUUCUGAUCAGAGGACUACUCCUUAAUGGGUCAGUGGAUGGAAUUCGUCACAUGUUCACACCUAAGCUUGAAAUAAUGCUGGAGCCCAAGGUCUGGAGAGAAGCUGCUACUCAGGUGUUCUUUGCCUUAGGGCUUGGAUUUGGUGGAGUCAUUGCCUUUUCAAGCUACAACAAGAGAGACAACAACUGCCAUUUUGAUGCUGUACUGGUGUCCUUCAUCAAUUUUUUCACUUCUGUGCUGGCAACUUUGGUGGUGUUUGCAGUUCUGGGCUUCAAAGCCAAUAUCAUAAAUGAAAAAUGUGUUAUCCAAAAUUCAGAGAAGAUUUUAAAACUUUUGAAAAUGGGCAGUCUGAGCCAGGAUAUGAUCCCACAUCAUAUCAAUUUCUCAAGCAUUACAGCAGAAGAUUACAAUUUAGUUUAUGACAUUAUUCAGAAAGUUAAAGAAGAAGAGUUUGAUUCUCUUGGUCUGAAAUCUUGUCAAAUUGAAGAUGAACUUAACAAGGCAGUUCAAGGAACUGGUUUAGCUUUUAUUGCCUUCACAGAAGCAAUGACCCACUUCCCUGCUUCUCCAUUCUGGUCAGUCAUGUUCUUCCUCAUGUUAGUAAAUUUGGGACUUGGAAGUAUGUUUGGAACCAUUGAAGGCAUCAUCACACCCAUUGUUGAUACCUUCAAAGUCAGGAAAGAAAUUCUUACUGUCAUCUGCUGCUUGGUAGCAUUUUUUAUUGGCCUGAUCUUUGUGCAGCGCUCUGGAAAUUAUUUUGUGACAAUGUUUGAUGACUACUCAGCUACUCUGCCCCUGCUUAUUGUGGUCAUUUUGGAGAAUAUUGCAGUCACCAGAAUUUAUGGAAUAGACAAGUUUAUGGAGGAUCUGAAGGAUAUGCUUGGGUUUUCUCCAAGCCAGUAUUAUUACUACAUGUGGAAGUAUGUUUCACCUUUGGUAUUGUUGUGUUUGUUGACAGCUAGUGUUGUCCAAAUGGGAUUAAGUCCUCCUGGCUACAAUGCUUGGAUUGAAGAUACGGCUAUGGAAGAGUUCCACAGCUAUCCACUAUGGGGAAUGAUUGUCUGUAUAUCUCUGAUGGUGUUGGCCAUACUGCCAGUCCCAAUAGUCUUCAUGGUGCGCCGUUGCAACCUUAUUGAUGACAGCUCUGGUAGUUUGGCAUCUGUAUCCUACAAAAGAGGCCGGAUAAUAAAGGAACCUGUUAAUUUGGAGGGGGAUAAUACAAGUCUGAUUCAUGGGAAGAGUCCAAGUGAAGUGCCAUCUCCAAAUUUUGGCAAAAACAUAUAUCGAAAACAGACAGGAUCGCCAACUCUGGACACUGCUCCAAAUGGACGUUAUGGUAUUGGGUACCUGAUGGCUGAUAUGCCUGAUAUGCCAGAGUCUGAUUUGUAACUGCAGGAAAAAAAAUGCUGUUAGUUUCUCCUCUCUCACUGAUCAUGGCUCUCCUACGAGAAGUGGUCAGCUUCACUUAGUAGGGUGCGAUCUCAGGUGCUCCAUAGCGACAGUCUUUAAAAUGUCAUGACUGUAUGUACAGGUUGAGAAAACUGGCUUUGGAUUAAUCCUCUGGGGUUUUGUUUGCACUGAAAGGAACGCAUUCAAAAUCAGUGGCAGCCUACAUCUGCCAGCAUAGCCAAGGAUUUGAUUUUUUAAAUUAAUUUCUAAAUUUAAAGCUUUCUGUCUCCCAAGCCCAGGUCUUACUCAAAUGAGAAAAUAUUUCUGUGGUAAUAUCACUGAAAAUCCUUUUUUUCUGCUUUCAGGUUAACUCCCCAGUAUUAAAAGUGAGCUCCAAAGUAGUUCACCAAGCCCGUGUUUGUGUAAACAGUUGUAAAUACCUUAUGUAGAUAUGCUGUACUUAUUUUGUUAGCACUGAUAAUUACUUAGGCUAUUAGCUGUGUAAAAAAACAAACCUGCAAACUAUUUUCUUAUGUAAUAGCUGUAUAGAGCAAUAGGAUUAGAAAAUCGAGGAGUAGACUUACAGGAAGGUGAGGAAAGAUUCCCUGUUCACUGGGGACUGCGUAAACUGUGGCUGUAUACUUUGUGUAAAAUACUUGCUUUUUCAGUGUGAAAACAAUGUUAGAGUGAGUCACUCCAAGAAUCUUAAGGAUUGUGCAGAUUCUGCAUUUUUUUCUAUGCUGUGUGCCUAAAAGAGACUUUCUUGAUAUUUAUUGUGGUUACAAGAUUACAUAUAUAUUAUAUUUAUAUAAUAUACUUGUAAUGUAAAUAUGUAUAUUAUUCUGUAUGUAAUCAUUUCAAAAGUUGAAGCAAGAUGGCUUUUUUAAUUAGUUUCCUUCAGUUUUGCUUCUGUUUUAUGCAGGUAAUUUUUUUCAGUCAGUAAUCAUUAAGAACUGUAUGGCAUUACAUUUUAACCUAUGAAUAAAGAGAUUGACAAGGU